AUGACUGUCGAAACUCCAAUUCACGGUACUAAGCCCACUCCAUCUGGUUCGCUACCUGUUCACAGCGAGGGUCUUCCAGCAUCUCGAGCUGAAGAGAUCACCCUUGGAAUGUUGAAAGCGACAAUGGCCAACCUUCAAGCAGAAGAGUCUCGUACUUAUGGAUCUACAUUGGAAGGCGGCGCUGGAUCUACUGCAGCUCAAGCACUCUCUGCAUAUGCUGCCGCAGUAGCUCAGCAACAUGGAGUACCCACUACUGAAAUCCUUCAAAAGGUCCACAAGGGAGUCGCAGCUGAUCCUGCAGAUUUGGCUGAGAAACUCGCUCAAGAAGGUCAAGACAUGUCUGCAAUGGGCAGUGAUGUCUCCAAGGGUAUCGCUCUAUUGAUCGAAAAGGCUGCUGAAAAGAUGCGUGAAGCCUCUGCCCUUGCUUUACAUGAAUUCGAAAAUGAGGCACGUUCCUAG